GAAUGGAAUUUCGGUAUGUUCAACAAUACCGCCAAACAGUCGGGAAGUGGUGGUGGCGGCAAGGGUGGCCAAGGUAGACCCAUUGGCGAUGGCGGUGAUGGUAACCGCGAGAAAAUGGUUAUAUUCGGUGCCCUGGCUGCUGUGGGUAUAAUUGCCACAUUGGCAUUCUUUGAAAUGGGUUACAAAGAAAUAUCAUGGAAAGAAUUUGUUACAAGUUACCUUAACCGUGGCAUUGUGGAAAAACUAGAGGUGGUGAACAAGAAAUGGGUACGUGUUCGUCUCUUGCCAGGCAAUGCCCAAGAUGCCAGUGGUGUAUUGUGGUUCAACAUUGGCAGUGUGGAUUCAUUUGAACGUAAUCUAGAAAAUGCCCAAGUGGAACAGGGCAUAGAACCGGUGAAUUUUGUUCCUGUUAUUUAUCGUACCGAAGUUGAGGCUUCCAGUUUAACUGGACUGUUGCCAACCUUGUUGAUAAUUGGUUUCCUAGUCUAUAUGAUGCGUCGCUCUGCCGAUAUGAUGGGCGGUAAGGGUCGUAAAGGUGGUGGUCUGUUUGGCGGUGUCAUGCAGUCAACAGCCAAGCUCAUUAAUUCCAAUGAAAUUGGUGUACGAUUCAAGGAUGUUGCCGGUUGUGAAGAAGCCAAAAUCGAAAUUAUGGAAUUUGUCAACUUCCUGAAGAAUCCUCAAAAAUAUAUCGAUCUCGGUGCUAAGAUCCCCAAAGGUGCCAUGUUGACUGGUCCACCCGGUACCGGUAAAACUAUGUUGGCCAAGGCCACUGCCGGUGAAGCCAAUGUGCCUUUCAUCACUGUCUCUGGUUCAGAGUUUUUGGAGAUGUUUGUCGGUGUGGGUCCUUCACGUGUACGUGACAUGUUCGCUAUGGCUCGUAAAAAUGCCCCUUGCAUUCUGUUCAUCGAUGAAAUUGAUGCUGUCGGUCGUAAACGUGGUGGCAAAUCAUUUGGUGGCCAUUCCGAACAGGAGAAUACCUUGAAUCAGCUGCUUGUCGAAAUGGACGGUUUCAAUACGACAACAAAUGUUGUAGUGCUGGCCGCUACAAAUCGUGUUGACAUUUUGGAUAAGGCCCUUUUGCGUCCCGGUCGUUUCGAUAGGCAAAUAUUUGUACCAGCACCCGAUAUUAAGGGUAGAGCCAGUAUUUUCAAGGUCCAUUUGGGCCCAUUGAAAACAGAUUUGGAUAAGACAGAAUUGGCGCGUAAAAUGGCAGCUCUAACACCAGGUUUUACUGGUGCCGAUAUUGCCAAUGUCUGUAAUGAAGCCGCCUUAAUUGCGGCCAGAGAUUCCAAUGAUUCCAUUGUCCAAAAACAUUUCGAACAGGCCAUUGAACGUGUCAUUGCUGGCAUGGAAAAGAAAACAAAUGUUUUGGCUCCCGAGGAGAAGAACACCGUGGCUCAUCACGAGGCCGGUCAUGCUGUAGCCGGUUGGUUCCUAGAACAUGCAGAUCCUUUACUGAAGGUGUCCAUUAUACCCAGAGGCAAGGGUUUGGGUUAUGCCCAGUACUUACCCAAAGAUCAAUAUUUACUCUCCAAGGAACAGCUAUUCGAUCGCAUGUGUAUGACAUUGGGUGGUCGUGUGGCUGAGGAGCUAUUCUUCCAACGCAUCACAACUGGUGCCCAGGAUGAUUUAAAGAAAAUCACCGACAGUGCUUAUGCACAAAUUGUUCGUUUCGGUAUGAACGAGAAAGUGGGUCAGGUUAGCUUCGAUGGCCAACAGGGUGAAAUGAAUUUCUCCAAACCCUAUUCCGAAGAAACCGCCCAAUUAAUUGAUCGUGAGGUACGUGCCCUCAUCAAAGAGGCCCAUGAUCGUACAACAGCCCUGCUGACAAAACACAAAGAAGACGUCCGUAAAGUAGCCGAACGUCUGCUGAAGAAUGAGGUACUCAGUCGUGACGAUAUGAUUGAACUUUUGGGCAAACGUCCCUUCAAGGAGAAGUCCACCUAUGAAGAAUUCGUCGAAGGCACAGGUUCCUUUGAAGAGGAUACCUCACUGCCGAAAGGCUUACAAGAUUGGAAUAAAGAACAAAAUCCACCAUCAUCAUCGUCGGAAACACCCUCGAAACCUGCAGCCACAACAUCAUAA